AUGCAGAAUUUGCAUAAAUUAAAAAUGAACCAGAAUCUGGUUCAUUUGAUGCCCACGCGACCAGCCUGUGCCAGCGCCUUUUCGACGCCACGAAUAAAAAGUGAAAUUGAAGAUACUUUUAAUUAUUCCCCCAAUCGACAACCAUUUAUGUCCCAAAAUUUGUCAUAUAAAGAGAGUACACUGCUACAAAAUUUGAAAAACAAUCCUGACCUCGUAUUUAAACCAGCAGACAAAGGUGGCAGUCUUAUUAUCAUGAAUAAAACUGAUUAUAUUUUCAAAGUCAAAAGCCAACUUCAGAACACAAAAUACUACAAAAAGUUACCUUUUGACCCUACUCUUCAGAUUGCGAAUGAUAUAUCAACAUUUUUUCGCUUUUUAUAUUCCAGACAUAGAAUAACAAGAGAAGUUGCUAAUUUUCUAGAACCAACCACUCCUCCACGCGCACCACUUUUUUAUGGAUUGCCUAAAAUACACAAACCUAAUGUACUCCUUAGACCCAUAGUAUCAGCUAACGACUCUCCAACAGAAAACAUAUCAGCAUUUUUAGAUCAUAUAUGCCAACCUGUAAUGAAGUCAUUACCUUCUUACAUAAAAGAUACUAAACAUUUUUUCAGAAAUAUUUUAGAACUUCCUCCCCUUCCUCCAAAUGCUAUUUUAGUUACUGCUUAUGUAGUAUCACUCUACACUAACAUACCUCAUGAUGAAGGCAUCAAACUAUCAAAAAAUAAAGAAAUCCUUCCCCCAGAAACUCCUCCUUUAAACACUAUUAAAAUAAUGAUGGACUUUGUCCUAAAACAAAACUGUUUUAAAUUUAUGGAUGAUUAUUACCAACAAAUUCAUGGCACAGCCAUGGGCUCUAAAUGUGCACCCCUUAUUCGUGCAUUUACAUGGGCCACCAUGAAAAUACUUCCCCUUACCACAGCUAUUAUGCUUUGGAAACGUUUUUCGAUGACGGAUAAAAUUAAUUUUUUGGACACCUACAUACAGGUAGGAAAAGAUGGAAAGCUUUAUUCUAGUUUAUACACCAAACCCACUGAUACAUUUAGCCUCCUCCACUACAACUCCUUUCAUCCAACAUUUACGAAAUCCUCCGUUAUAUACUCCCAAUCCUUAAGAUACAGAAUGCUUAUUAAUAAAGAUGAUAUGCUAAACAAAGCAUUAAAAAACUUGGAAUGGGUCCUCAAAAACCGAGGAUACCCCCAAAAACUAAUACAAGAAAACAUGAAAAAAAUAAAAAACUUAUCACAAAAGGAUUUACUCUAUAACGAUAAACCUAAAACAGAUAAUACUCAAAUGUAUCUAGUUUUCCUCACACACUAUUCCAAGGACAAUACUACAAUCAAAAAAAUUAUUAAUAAACAUUGGCACCUUAUAGAGAAUGACCAAGAGCUCAAUAAAAUUUAG